UUGUUUUUGUUUUCGUUGAGGUUCACUUGGUACUGGUAGUGUCAUUUUAUUUUUAAAGACAGUGAAUGGUUGAUUGUUGAAGUGUGGUGUUAUUAUGUGAUUGAUAAAUCUAUCUCAUUUCUUUUAUCUGAGAAAUCGUUUAUCAUGACUUCUAGAAAAAGGCCUAACGAUAGUUCCUCAAGCAGUCAUGCUAAAGAAACUUCAGGUCCCAAAAGAAAAAUUUCGAAAAAAAUAUCUUCUAGCGUUAAUAGUCUUUCUGUUACUAAAAAGUUUACUGAGUUUAAAGUUGAAAAUGUCGUUAAAUGUUUAUAUAAAUAUCAAUUAGGGUCCUUAAAGCAAAAUGAAAGAGGUAGAAUUAGUGAACAAGUUAUAACUGAGAAACUAAGACGUUUCUAUGUUUAUGCCAGAGAAGAUAGUGUAGAUUUUGACAGAAGAAUAACUGCUUUACAGUUUCAUCCAAAGGAUCCACAUAUACUUGGCAUAGGAUCUAAAAGUGGACAGCUUACUAUUCGGUUUUUGAAUAAACCUACUGCUGCAUUAACUUGGAAUGGUAUUGGACCUGGUGGUUCUAUAACAUAUAUUACUUUUGAUCCUCUUGUUUCUAAUAGUGUUCUAAUUUCCAGUAUUGAUGGCACUGUUAGGAGACAUAAUUAUGUUGAAAAUACAAGUAAAGAAUUUCUCAAUACAGAUUCAUUUUCUAAAUGGUAUUGCAGUGUGAAUGCUUCAAGAGAUCAUGGCUUGAUAGUAACAGGUGACACUUCAGGUACAAUGACAAUUUUAAAUAAAGAUUUAAAAAUUGUUUCUCUACACAAAGUUCAAAAAGGAAAGAUAAACUCAUUGGAAAUCCCAAAGGGACGUGAUUGGCUUCUAGCAUCAGCUUCCUUAGAUAAAACUGUCAAAAUAUGGGACAUCAGGAAAAUUGAAUCAAAAAAGCCUAUUUAUACUCUAUCUCAUGAUCAUGCUGUAAAUUCAGCUAAUUUCAGUCAAGUUGAUGGUAACCGAUUAUUAACAACAGAUCAAUCAAAAGAACUGAGGGUUUAUAAAGCACCUCUCUUUGAUCUGGAAACAUCUAUCACUCAUCCACAUCGACAGUUCCAACAUAUGACACCUAUAAAAGCUACCUGGCAUCCUCUCAGUGAUUUGAUUGUUGUGGGCAGGUAUCCGGACCCAAGCCUGGAGGAUUAUGUCGAAGGCGAAGCUCGUACUGUUGAUAUUAUCAGUGCUGAAACUGGAUUAAUGAGACUACAACUUGAUUCUGUUUCAUGUGGUGGCAUUUUGAAUUUGAAUGUGUUCAAUGCCAAUGGAGAAAUUCUUGCUUCAACCAUGAGUCGUAAUAUAAAUUAUUGGAAAGCAAGAGAUUUAAUAGAAAGAAUUAAAAAGCCCUAUGACGAUGACGAUGGAGAUCCUAAAGAAGUUAAAUUGCCAAUCUCAAAGCCUCCUAAGCAAUCAAAAACUAAAAAUGUUAGGGAAAAAACCAAAAGAGUUUAAUGGAUUUUUUGUUGCAAUUGUUUUCUAUUGUAAUGUACAUAGUUCUUACAAAUUGUUUUCGACUUCGUUAUCUUGUAUAGUACUACAUAUGAUGCAAGUACAAAACAUAUUUUAAUAUUUUUUUAUACUAUUCCUCAGGUUUUUGUUACCACUUAGCAUAUUUUAUGAUAUAUUUGAUGUCUUCAACUGUAAAAUAAAUUUGUAUUUGUUUAUAAAGAUAUUUUAAUAUAUAUAUGUCUAUGGUAUAUUGUUAAAAGUCAUUAUAUAUACUUUUGUUGGAGCUAAGCAUUAAUGUAAUGA